UGGAGCUGUAAUCCUUUGAACAAUGUUACCAUGGAAACCAUAAGAGCAUCUGUCAAAAUAUAAAUAUUACGACAAAGAUCAUCUGAAGAGGUCUGUUAAAGAAACUAACUGAAAUGGAGGAACAUCUAUUGGAAGAGAAAGCCGGCGUUACCAGCACAGUGACAUACUUGGAAGAGCGAAUCCACACAGGUGAAAAGCCUUAUGGAUGCUAUCGUUCUAAGAAGAGAUUCAGCAAUUCUUCAGGCCUGAAGCGUCAUCAGCAAAUCCACACCAGUGAAAAGCCUCAUAGCUGCAGUCAGUGUGAAAAGAGGUUCAGACAUGCUUCAGGACUGAAGAGUCAUCAGCGAAUCCACACCGGUGAAAAGCCUUAUAGCUGCAGUCAGUGUGAGGAGAGGUUCAGAUAUGCUUCAGGACUGAAGCGUCAUCAGCAAAUCCACACCAGUGAAAAGCCUCAUAGCUGCAGUCAGUGUGAGGAGAGGUUCAGACAUGCUUCAGGACUGAAGAGUCAUCAGCGAAUCCACACCGGUGAAAAGCCUCAUAGCUGCAGUCAGUGUGAGAAGAGGUUCAGAUAUGCUUCAGACCUGAAGAGUCAUCAGCGAAUCCACACCGGUGAAAAGCCUCAUAGCUGCAGUCAUUGUGAGAAGAGGUUCAGAGAUGCUUCAGGACUGAAGAGUCAUCAGCGAAUCCACACCGGUGAAAAGCUUUAUAGCUGCAGUCAGUGUGAAAAGAGGUUCAGACAUGCUUCAGGACUGAAGAGUCAUCAACGAAUCCACACCGGUGAAAAGCCUCAUAGCUGCAGUCAGUGUGAAAAGAGGUUCAGACAUGCUUCAGGACUGAAGAGUCAUCAGCGAAUCCACACCGGUGAAAAGCCUUAUAGCUGCAGUCAGUGUGAGAAGAGGUUCAGAGAUUCCUCACAUCUGAAGAGUCAUCAGCGAAUCCACACUGGCGAAAAGCCUUAUAGCUGCAGUCAGUGUGAAAAGAGGUUCAGAUAUGCUUCAGACCUGAAGAGUCAUCAGCGAAUCCACACUGGCGAAAAGCCUUAUAGCUGCAGUCAGUGUGAAAAGAGGUUCAGACAUGCUUCAGGACUGAAGAGUCAUCAGCGAAUCCACACUGGCGAAAAGCCUUAUAGCUGCAGUCAGUGUGAGAAGAGGUUCAGAGAUUCCUCACAUCUGAAGAGUCAUCAGCGAUUCCACACCGGUGAAAAGCCUUAUAGCUGCAGUCAGUGUGAAAAGAGGUUCAGACAUGCUUCAGGACUGAAGAGUCAUCAGCGAAUCCACACAGACGAAAAAACCCGAUCCAUAUAAGACAACAACAACAACUGGAAGCUAGUGAUAGAACUUCUUUCUAUCACUAUGGCGACAACAUGUCUGACAUUUAUAUCAAUAAUAAUAACAAGCAUGCA